AUGCCACCAGUCCUGAUUCUCCUGACCUUGUUUCUGCCACUUGGAGCUGGUGCAGAGGAGAUCAUCGGGGGCCAUGAGGCCAAGCCCCACUCCCGCCCAUACAUGACAUUUAUUGAAUCUCUGCAUGUUGGUGGGAAUAGAAGUCGCUGUGGAGGCUUCCUGGUACAAGACAACUUCGUGCUGACAGCUGCUCACUGCCUGGGAAGCUCAAUGAGAGUCACUCUGGGGGCCCACAACAUCGAGACAAAGGAGAAGACCCAGCAGAUCAUCCGUGUGGCAGAAGCCAUCCCACACCCAGCCUAUAACGAUAAGGACUGGUCCAAUGACAUCAUGCUCUUGAAGCUGCAGAGGAAAGCCAAGAGGACGAAAGCUGUGAGGCCACUCAAGCUGCCCAGGGCUAAUGCCCAGGUGAAGCCAGGGGACGUGUGCCACCUAGCUGGCUGGGGGGCAACAUCCCUCAAUGCCACCAAAGGAGUAGCCUCCCUACAAGAGGCUGUAUUGAUCAUCCAGGACGACCAGAAAUGCAAACUCCGCUUCCACCGCUAUAUCAAGACCAUUCAGAUUUGUGCUGGAGACCCAAAGCAAAUACAGGCUGCUUUCAAGGGUGACUCUGGGGGACCCCUCGUGUGUGACAACAGAGCUUAUGGAGUUUUAGCCUAUGGAAAAACCAAGAGCAUUGCUCCAGGAAUCUUCACUAAGGUUGUGUCCUUCCUGCCGUGGAUACGAAGAAGCAUGAAGCCUUGUAACAGGUGCUAA